GAAGUACGCGUGACUGGAUUUGGCUAUCAAGGGGAUGGUCAAAUGCAACUUAGUGACAAACUGAGGGAGGUCACCAUACCAUUAAUAGGUAAUUCGGAAUGCCAGCUAUUUUAUCCUGAAAAAAGCAUCACCAAGAACAUGAUCUGUGCAUACAGCAUGCGAGACAUGGACAAGGGCACUUGCAUGGGCGACGGGGGUGACCCAGCGACAGCCGGCCGAAGACUGAUUGGAAUCAGUUCCUAUGCCAGAGGUUGCGGUCCUGGUAUGGGGCCCAGUGUCUUUACUUACGUCGAAGCACCGGAGAUACGCGAUUUUAUCACGAAAGCUAUCCGCUCCGAACCGCGGCCUGGAAGACCUUUAAAGCGACCUCAAAGACCUUCAGACAGACCUCAAAGACCUUCAGAGAAACCCGAAAGACCAUCAGAGACUGAUGAAAGACCUUCAGAGAGACCUGAAAGACCUGAAAUACCUUCAAAGAGACCCACAAGGCCUUCAGAAACACCUCAAAGACCUUCAGAGAUACCUGAAAGACCUACAGAUACCUCUGAAAGACCUUCAGAGACCGAUGAAAGACCUUCAGAGAGACCCAAAAAACCUUCAGAGAGACCCAAAAGACCUUCAGAGAGACCCAAAAGACCUUCAAAGAGACCCGAAACGCCUUCAGAUAGUUCUCAAAAACCUUCGGAGAUACCUGAAAGACCUUCAGAGACCGAUGAAAGACCUUCAGAGACACCCGAAAGACCUUCAGAGAGACCUGAAAGACCUUCAAAGAGACCCACAAGGCCUUCAGAAAUACCUCAAAGACCUUCAGAGAUACCUGAAAGACCUACAGAUACCUCCGAAAGACCUUCAGAGACCGACGAAAGACCUUCAGAGAGACCCAAAAGACCUUCAGAGAGACCCAAAAGACCUUCAAAGAGACCCGAAACGCCUUCAGAUAGUUCUGAAAAACCUUCGGAGAUACCCGAAAGACCUUCAGAGACCGAUGAAAGACCUUCAGAGAGACCCGAAAGACCUUCAAAGAGACCCACAAGGCCUUCAGAAACACCUCAAAGACCUUCAGACAUACCUGAAAGACCUACAGAUACCUCCGAAAGACCUUCAGAGAUCGAUGAAAGACCUUCAGAGAGACCCAAAAGACCUUCAGAGAGACCCAAAAGACCUUCGAAGAGACCCGAAACGCCUUCAGAUAGUACUCAAAAACCUUCAGAGAUACCCGAAAGACCUUCAGAGACCGAUGAAAGGCCUUCAGAGAGACCCGAAAGACCUUCAGAGAGACCUGAAAGACCUUCAAAGAGACCUGAAAGACCUUCAAAGAGACCCACAACGUCUUCAGAAACAUCUCAAAGACCUUCAGAGAGACCAGAAAGACCUUCGGGGCUACCUGAAAGACCUUCAGAGAUCCCCGAAAGACCUUCAGAGAAACCUUCAGAGCGACCUCAAAAACCUUCGGAGACGUCUGAAAGGCCUUCAGAUAGUCCUCAAAGACCUUCAGAGAUCCCCGAAAGACCUUCAGAGAGGCCUUCAGGGCGACCUGACAAAGCUCCAAAGAAACCUAAAAACCCUGCAGAGCAGCCUGACAAACCUUCAGAGCGGCCUGAAAGACCUUCCGAACAACCCGUUGAACGUCCUCAGAGGCCUACGAGGCGUCCUAUGGAGCGACCUCAAAAACGUCCUGCAAAGCUAGAGCCAUAG